UGCCGUCACCAUCACCAACAUGAAUUUAGGAAAAAGGGAAAAAAGGGACGAAUGUGCAAACGAGUACGGAGUGAAGAAAUCGAUGCCUAACAACCACGGAAGCUGCACUGAAGCGAGGGUUCAAAUGAUUCCUUGGAGGACAUACCGCUGUGGAGUAAAAGGUAAAAUAGCAAAAAGGAAAGAAAAUCCGUCAUGUCGUACGAGGAUGAAGCCACAAGGAUAACAUGGUAAGCGAGCUGUACAAUAUACGAGCCUUUGUUCGAUGGGCCUGCUGAAAAUUGGGGUGAUUUUACUCCUCUCCGCGUGGUGAUUGAAUGGUCCAUGUUCCCUACAAUAUCCUGUGAAUCGGAAGGUGGUCGGUCCGAGCUACGACGCACAAUCGCUGGAUGUCGCGUAUGGAGGAAGGGCUGGUGACCGAGAAAGCCGACUCGACAGCGUAGGCCGUUAGAACGCACAGUCCAAAAUGUCUCGGAAUCAGCUCCUCACAAAUAGACCUAUCGGCCUACAGAGAGGCGCAAUCUUUGCGGAGACUGUACGCCCUCGGAUAUAAUAUUGGACGGCUGAGUGCGGAAAUUCUAGAAUCCGAGGACCUCAAAUCGGGCAAUGAUGACGUCGGGCGAGUGUGCAUGGAUCAUCCUGAUGCGGGCCAAUGCAUGGAUGGUGGAUGCUGCGCCGCGGCUAGUUUUCGGGACCCGACGGGCGGAAAGUUGACAGACGAAGAAGAAGAAGAAGGAGCAGCAGCAGCAGCAGCCUCCGGACUUCCCCACCCUCUCCCUCCCCACCUGAUUCGUGUGCAUUCUCGCCGGGAGCACAUUGGCCCCGCACAUAGCAACAGAUAACGCUGCAUUGUCAGAGCUGUGCCCUACCGCGCCUUGCCCGAAGCCAUCCAUGGCAGUCACUUUCUAAAAACCCUCUCCCUAUCUCUCUGUCUGUCUCUCUCUCCAUCAUCUGACCCGUGAUUUGUCUGCUGUCUGUCUGUGACGCUGGGUGCUUGACUUCUGCUAACUGGGUAUCAUCAGGUCCUGGGUUCUAUCUCUGACUCUGAUGGUGUUUUGUAAUCUUUUCUUCCUUCAGCAACGGAGGGUACGGAGAUAUUCUUUUAUGCGUCGGGGUUGUUGGAAGUCCGCACGAAUGGAAGGAGUUCUAAAUUAAUGUCUUCCGUAUUCGCAGUUGGACUGGGAGGGUGGAAGCAAGCAUUGAUGGGGAUUUUGCUUGUGAAGUGCGGCUGAUCUACUCGUUUGGCGGGGAGUAUGGAACAUGGAGGUGGAUACUCAUUACAGUAGCAGGGGAAGCGAUACGCUGCUUUGAAUCAUGCGUGGCGAGGAAUCAGGAGCACCUUCCUUGUGGGAAAACCUCUUAGCGAAGACAAAAUAAUCUGCAGCAGAAAAGUGGAGAGAGAGAGAGAGAGAGAGAGCAGACGGGCCCACCACGAUGUGAAAAGACUCGCGCCAUUUGCGUUUCAUUAUCUCCCUGCCUUUGGACAGUGCUGAGCUAGAGAUUUCAGUUUAAGAGUUCUGUAGGGCAGGCGCUUCCGUUCUGCAUCUGCUUGCCUCUUCUCAUCACAGAGGUCAGAUUCAGUACUUUCUAUCCACCACCAUUUCUUUCUCCACCGACUAGCGACUCCAGCGCUUCCCUCUCCCACUCCGCCUUCCCCAAUCUGUAAGCUGUCUGCUGCUGCACGUUUCUUCCACCAGCAGCGACAGUUUUCGUUAAUUAGAACCCACCACACUCGCCCUGUACGUCCUCUGUUCGAUUCUCUCCUUUAUCCCACCCUUCCUCCCCUCAUGUUGUAAUUGGCCAUCCCUCCCCAUUACCGAACAGCACUACUCUUGUUGCUGAGACCUUUGCCUCAUACCUCUAUUACUAUUCUGACCGCAUUCUAAAUUUGCUAUCUUGGAACUUUCGAAUACAAUUGUUUACUUUAUCCUCACUCAAUCUCUGAAGGCUAGAAUUAUUCUUGUGCUCACCUGCUCUCCCGUCUGUCUCGGCUUAUGAAAGAGAUUUACAUUUUGCACCCAUCGGAGUAGCUUCAAGCUUCUAGUCUUUCCAUCGAAGAUCGCGACCCCAGGAUUUUCGUGCUCCUCUGAUUGAACUUGGAUCCGGAACUCUUUGCACAAGUCAUACUUGCCUCUUCGACUAUAUUGUAGUCCUCUUGUCAGUCGGAUUUCUAUUUCGUCUCGGCGUUCUUACACGGUUCAUCGAUCAGCCGCUGGUGUGACAUUGACUCUCGAAACGGAAGAUAAAUGCAAGAUGGCAGGGUCGAGGGAGCCGGAACAUGUUAUUAUUUCGCGCGGGGGUUCUGUACUCGGGAAGAAAACGAUUCUCAAAAGUGAUCAUUUCCCAGGUUGCCAGAACAAGCGUCUCCUCCCACAUGUGGAGGGAGCACCGAAUUACCGCCAGGUUGGAGCACUUCCUGUAUUUGGUGUAGCCAUACCUACUGUGGACGGAAUUCGCAGAGUGCUUGAGCUUGUUGGGGCCUCCAAGAAUGCUGGACAACGAGUUCUCUGGCAUAAUCUACGAGAAGAGCCUGUACUUUACAUAAAUGGACGACCAUUUGUUCUGCGAGAAAUUGAGCAUCCAUUUACAAAUCUGGAAUAUACGGGCAUUAAUAGAGCAAGGGUAGAACAAAUGGAAGCUCGUCUGAAAGAGGAUGUCCUACGUGAAUCCUCGCGAUAUCAAAGCAAGGUGAUGGUUAGUGAUGAACUACCUGAUGGUCAAAUGAUAGAUCAGUGGGAGCCAAUUGGUCAAGACUCUGUUCAAACUCCUUUGGAGGUGUAUGACAUGCUUCAAGCCGAAGGCUACCUCUUAGACUACGAACGGGUUCCCAUCACCGAUGAGAAGUCUCCAAAAGAACGCGAUUUUGACCUUCUGGUUCAACGCGUUUCACAAGCAGAAAAAGGGACAGCACUUAUAUUCAAUUGCCAGAUGGGGAGGGGUCGGACUACGACGGGCAUGGUCAUUGCCACUCUCGUUCAUUUGCGCAAAAUGGGAUCAUCUGGUAUACCUCGAACAAGCUCUACCGGGCUUGUACAUGAACUCGCGGAGGAAACCAUGUAUGAAGUUCCCGACACUGAGGAAGCAUUACGAAGAGGAGAGUAUACAGUAAUACGCAGUCUCAUCCGUGUUCUAGAGGGUGGCGCUGAAAGCAAACGAGAAGUUGAUAAGGUCAUAGAUAAAUGUUCAGCUAUGCAGAAUCUGAGGGAGGCUAUAGUUGGCUACCGUAAUAGCAUUCAGAGACAAGCAGACGAGAAGAAACGAGAAGCAGCUCUGUCUUACUUCGUGGAAUAUCUGGAGCGGUAUUACUUCCUUAUCUGCUUUGCUGUCUACAUCCAUACAGAUCAAAGUGCCUUGUUACCAGAUCGUGUUCCCACUUUUCAGCAGUGGAUGCGAGCUCGCCCCGAGCUUUAUAGUAUCCUUCGGAGGCUUUUAAGACGAGAUCCCAUGGGUGCCUUAGGGUAUGUAAACAAUCCCCCUGGGAUUGUGAAGAAGGGAUCAUCAAGUAGCAGUGGUCGGCCGAAGAAUAUGGAAACUGUUGUGGCGUCCAGAAAUGGUCAAGUGUUGGGAAGACAAACUGUUUUGAAGAGUGAUCACUGUCCUGGCUGUCAAAAUAAUUAUCUGCCUGAAAGAGUUGAAGGAGCUCCGAAUUUCAGAGAAGUGGCAGGGGUUCCAGUUUAUGGAGUGGCGAAUCCAACGAUAGAUGGAAUUCGCGCAGUUCUUCACAGAGUUGGGAGUGGAGUUGGCGGCCGUCCUGUAUUAUGGCAGAACAUGAGGGAAGAACCUGUCGUAUACAUAAAUGGAAAACCUUUUGUUUUGAGAGAGGUUGAACGGCCCUACAAGAAUAUGCUCGAAUACUCGGGUAUUAACAGGAAAAGAGUUGAACAAAUGGAGGCGCGACUGAAAGAAGAUAUUCUGAGAGAGGCUGAGCGGUACAAUGGUGCAAUCAUGGUUAAUCAUGAGACAGAUGAUGGACAAAUUUUUGAUGCCUGGGAACCUGUGAAUCCGGAUGCCGUGAUGACUCCUCUAGAAGUAUAUAAGUGCUUAGAGGCGGAGGGAUUCCCCGUUGAGUAUGCAAGGGUGCCGAUUACUGAUGGAAAGGCCCCGAAAAGUUCCGAUUUUGAUACGCUUUCAGAAAGGGUUGCCUCUGCUGCGAAGAAUACUGCUUUUGUCUUCAAUUGCCAGAUGGGACGAGGGCGAACUACUACAGGAACAGUUAUUGCUUGCCUCGUUCAGCUUCGUUGUCAAUUUGGAAGGCCCCUGAGGAUGGUGAAAUCCAUUCGCGAAAGUUCUGCCGGAGAUGGCGGAUCAAGUAGUGGCGAUGAAACUGGAAACGACUCGCCAGUAGGAAGUCCUACUGUCAUCAGAGUACCCAAGGUGGACCGACAAAGGACAGUGGGCGGUUUUGUUCUCGAUGAUAUCCCUAUUGUUCGGAAGAUAACUCGCCUCCUAGAGAAUGGAGUGGAGUGUCGUGAGGCGCUGGAUGCUGUUAUUGAUCUCUGUGCAGCUAUGCAAAAUCUUCGUCAAGCUGUCCUCCAAUACAGAAGGGCCUUCAAUCAGCAAAAUUUAGAGCCACACGUUAGACGAGCAGCGCUAAACCGUGGGGUGGAAUACUUAGAACGUUAUUUUAUGUUGAUAGCCUUCUCUGCUUAUCUUGGGAGUCCUGCCUUUGAUGGCUACUGCCAGUCUGGGUCAUCAGGAACAUCUUUCAAGCAGUGGUUGCGUCAACGCCCCGAAGUUAGACAAAUGAAAUGGAGUAUGCGUUUGAGGCCAGCACGAGUGUUCACCAUAACUGAGGAUUACAAAACAAGUGAAGCCAGCGAAGGCAAUGCCGUGAUGGAGGCCAUAGUGAAGGCACGUAUUGGGUCUGUACUAGGUAAACGUGCCAUUCUUAAAAUGUACUUUUUUCCGGGCCAAAAGACAACUUCAGAUCACGUGCAGAUACCUGGUGCACCACACGUUUUCAAGGUGGAUGGUGUACAUGUACACAGCAUAGCGACGCCAUCUGUUGAUGGAGCCAAAGAGUUACUCACGCAUCUCAAUGCACACUCAAGUGCUGCUUCCUCAGUUCGGAAAGCUAUUGUUACAGAUUUGCGGGAGGAGGUUGUAGUGUAUAUCCAUGGCAAUCCUUUUGUUUUACGGGAGCUCGACCAGCCAGUCAGCACCCUGAAACACGUCGGAAUCACAGGGCCAGCAGUGGAGCAAAUGGAGUGUAGAUUGAAGGAAGAUAUACUAGCUGAGGCUGCUCGAUCCGGGGGUCGAAUGCUGCUGCAUCGGGAAGAGUUUAGUGCAGAUACGAACCAGUCAGAUGUCGUUGGAUAUUGGGAAACUGUCACGCCGGACGAUGUGAAGACCUCGUACGAGGUUUAUGAAUCUCUCAAGGCAGAUGGUUUUAACAUUGACUACAAGAGAAUACCGCUGACAAGGGAGAGAGCUGCUUUGGCUACCGACGUGGAUGCUAUCCAGUGUCGUCUGGACAUGGCUGGUGAUGAGGAUGUGGAAUACUGCUACAUUUCACAUACAGGAUUUGGGGGAGUUGCGUAUGCCAUGGCCAUCACCUGUCUGAGAUUGGAGACUCGUAUUCAGUUGAUGAGUCUUGCAGCUUCUUCAUCCACAGUUACAGGCUCGGCUAGUUCAUUUCUUCCUGCAGAAGAGCAAGCCAUCACCAGGCCCAUGGAUGAUGAGGAGGCUUUCAGACUCGGCGACUAUCGAGAUAUUCUUAGUCUUACACGCGUCCUGGCUAGUGGACCCGCAAGCAAGAACGAGGUUGAUGCCGUUAUCCAAAGGUGUGAAGGUGCCGGAAAUCUGCGCGAGGACAUAUAUUACUAUAAAAAGCAGCUGGAAGAGUGUGAUGCUGGUGACGAAGAGCGAAAGUUGUUUUUGCAGGAUAUGGGCAUAAAAGCUCUCAGGAGAUACUUUUAUCUGAUUGCUUUCAGGUCUUAUCUACAUCAUAAGGUGGUUGGGCAAGGGAGCAGUUCUGGAGGAAGUGUUGCAUUUGCUACAUGGAUGCAGGGUCGUCCAGAGCUUGGACAUCUCUGUGACAAUAUCAAGCUCGAAUAGGCCGUGAGAAUGAGUCUUCAGCUUUACAACAGGGGAUGGAGUUUGUACAUUACACGAGAACCAGUAAGAGUUAGUAGGCGUCAUUGAGUAGUAGUAAGUAAUUAUUCUUGUAACAUAGUGACAGCUGUAUGAUACAUGUAGAAAUAUAGGACCCAUUCGGCGAUGCUUAGCUCUCUUAGUGGGUAUACGUAGUUCAUCAAGGUGCACAAAAGCACAUGAUGGCUGUUUUGUAACCUUGUAUUCUUAGAUCAUCAAUUUUUGGCAGGAAAUUAUAUGCCCAUUUGAUAGAUGUGAUUUGGUAGAGGGCAGCUAAGCAUGUAAAGAGAAUGUAUCAUGUAUAGGCCAACUGUUGGUGCUGCCACUGAAAAGGUGCUUUACACUGAAUGUUGAAUGAUUGAUGAGAUGUGGUUCAGUCUUAUCUCACGGUCUUUGUUGCCGGUGGAAAUAGUGGAACCUGUACGUACGAUCGGUAGACGGAAGUUUAU